AGGGGGCGUCGUGUCCUCCUCUCGGCCACCAGGGGGCGUCGUGUCCUCCUAUCGCUGGGGAAGAGUCCAAGACCCAAGUUCCCGUCAGCACUGAAAGAGCCAAUCUUGCCUCCGUUUGCCAUGGUUCUCCCCUCAAUCCUCCACGAUCCGCGUCUACAGAACCACCCCGCUGAAUCAUCCGUGAACUGUUCGGAUGAAGACAUGAAGUGACAGCAGCGACGCUCCGUUACCACUUUUUCUCAGUUUUCAGAGUACUAGCCUCCCAUCUUUAAUAAUACAGGGCGGUGAUGGCGUUUUUCGUCAAGAAGAAGAAAUUCAAGUUCCAGACGCAGCUCACCCUGGAGGAGCUGACGGCGGUGCCCUUCGUCAACGGGGUUCUGUUCUGCAAACUGCGGCUGCUGGAGGGAGAAUUUGUGGCAACUUCCUCGAGGUUCGAUUCCCACCUGGGAUCCUUUGCUUGGUGCUGUUCAUGCUCUUCUAGAACUCACUUUUCUGCCUCUCUUCACCCUCCUGUUUAUAGAGGGGAACCUCAAAGUCCAAGAGUCGAGGUGCAGGAGAACUGUGUUCGAUGGAGAAAGAGGUUCUCCUUCGUGUGUAAGAUGAACGCCAACCCUCACACCGGCGUGCUGGACCCCUCCGUCUGCAGAGUGUCUGUUAGGAAGGAACUCAAGGGAGGGAAGGCGUAUACGAAGCUGGGCUUCACAGACCUCAACAUGGCUGAGUUUGCUGGCUCAGGCUCUGCAGUGCGCUGCUGUCUCCUGGAGGGCUACGAUACCAAGAACACCCGCCAGGACAACUCCAUCCUGAAGGUGAUCAUCGGAAUGACACUGCUGUCAGGAGAUCCGUGUUUUAAAACCCCUCCCAGCACGGCCAAGUCUAUCUCGGUCCCGGGCCGCGAGCCAACCCUGCAGCUGGACUGUAAGGGGGGCGGCACGGGCACCACAGGACCCCUGGCCCGGGGUACCAAGCCCAGACCCCCCAUCAGCUCGGGCCUCAUGGAGGAGUCUGAGCCGCCCCUCUCUCCCCUGGCCGAGGUCUUCCAGUCAGGACACUCCCGCAACUCCAGCUACGCCAGCCAACAGAGCCGCAUCUCAGGCUACAGUACUGAACACUCGUGCUCCUCCAGUGUGUCCGACCUGACCCACCGCAGGAACCUGUCCACUGGGAGCAGCACCUCGGGCGGGGCCCUGGGGACCAGUGACCUCCCUACUGCUGACGGGGACCGGCCCCCAAGACCCCCCAGGCCCUGCCUGCCCCCCAGCCGACUCUCCAGGAGAAAGCAGGACUCUGUGGAGAGUCAUCUCUCUUGGGUCAACGACACCCGCAUGGACGCCGACGACAUUGUGGACAAGAUCGUCCAGAGCCACAACUUCGAGGACGUCAACAACACGGAAGACAGCAAUUUGCGUCUGUUUGUCAACAAAGAUGGAACGACGGCACUCAGUGGCGUACACCUCGGAAACCGGGUCUCAGCUGGAGGUUACGAGCCGGUGGUGAUUGAGAGCCACUAGGGCCCCAGGGGGUCCCAGCGCCACCAGAACUUCAACCACUCCAUAUUGACCUGGAGAAAGUGGCCCAUCUAUCUCCUCCUGGUCUCUCUGUCUGUUCCUAGGUGUUCCGGUUUGCACUUUAUCUUUCCCAGAUGUGUCGAUGUCUGAUUUAAACACCCCCCCCCUCCCCUCCCCCCCCUCCCCUCCCCUCCUCAGUCAUCACAUGCAUCACGUCUUUUCUAGCUUUAAUCGGUUGAAAUGUUGACAUUUCAACCGUGUGUUUUACCAUGUGUUUUAUUAGGGGUCCACUCGCAAAUUCAACGCUGACUUUAGAUCUUGGAUUCCAGGAUGAAUGAAUCCAACAGGAGCAGAAGUUUGCACAGUCCGCGGUUCUGCUUCACUGAGGUGGCGUACGAACGAGUUUGUGUGUUUUGUUAAGAGUGUGUUGUUUAUUAGUCUGCUUCUCAUCUGGGAUCACACAACGUGUUCAUAAGACACUCCCUGUUGAUCAGGGAGGUACGUGGUUAGGGGUAGAGCAUUCUAACCCCGCGGGAUGUUUUUCUUGAAUGAUCCGGAAGCAGGUUUUAAGGUGGGAUGAAGACGUGCUUGUGAUGGAGAAGAGAGAAGAUGUCGUUGGGUUAAGUCAGGCUAGUGGUGUUCAGUUGUACGAGUCUCUAACUGAGUCUGUCUCUUAUGAUGGCUGCUGGGUACAGCUGGUAGGAGGGCCUUGGUGGGUUGACCUCUGGUCUGGGUGCUUGGUCUGAGUGGUCUGUUGCUGUAGCGUUGGGUCUCGGAGGAGUCCUAUUCUGGCUGCCAUCGCCCCCUGGUGGAGUGGUGAACCUUCUUCUUCUGCAGAACCUGUCUGCAGAACCAAGCCCCAGGGAGUUUGUGACCUUGCUUCAAGCUAAACCCAGUAGGUCCCGUCCCAGCUGCUGGAAGGCCAGACAUCUUAACUAAACUAGUUCAGUUUUUUAGGCAGCCUUAUAUUUAAUUUCACAUUUUUGGUCAGGGGGAGAUACAUUUCCAAUGACAAUGACCUUAGGGUCACUUUGAUGUAAGAAACAACCUUUUAGUUUUGAAACUAUAGUUUGCUACAAAGAGACAAUGUUUUCAAAUAAUUGGUCAGUUGCAACAUCCAAACUGUAAGCAAUCUGAAACUCUGUUGGUUUAGUGUGAAUAAUGAUGUUUAUUGAUGACUUCUGACAUCUCUUCAAUUCACUACUUUAUGGCAACCUUAUUCACAUUUGUUUUUAUCACAGGGUCGAUAGGUUUGCUAUAUUCACAUUUGGGAGAAACCACUAAUAACAUUGUUUGAUAUCAGCCCUUAAUAUCCUUUUAAAGAAUUUUCGGUUUUAAUGCUCUUGUCUGAAGAAGCCUAAGCAAUGCACACACCUUGCACAGAUAUCAACUCGUUUCUAAAAGCUCUAACAAAUUGUUUUACUUGUAAGCUUGCACGACUUUUAGAAACGGUAUUUCUAAAAGAUUUGUACCGUGUAAGACCACUACUUCAAACGUGUUUUUGUUUGUUCCAACAAAUGUAUUCUAUAUAUUAAAGAGCCUAUCUUACA